AUGGAUAAUGAACAAUGGGCUUUUGACCUGGGGCUAGGACCAACCAGCAUGGCUGCGUCCCACUCACCCGAGCUGUGGGAAUAUAGUCAUGACAGCGCAACGGAAAGAAGUGCAAAUGGGAGUUUAGUUCCUGGGGCUGAGACACCAGGAAAACUUUUUUCGGGUGACUGGAUACGGAUUCUCAUUCUGCUCGUUGCCCUGGUUGGGCUGGUGGGGAACAGCUUCGUCAUGUGGCUCCUGGGCUUCCGCAUCCAGAGGAACCCCUUCUCCGUCUACAUCCUCAACCUGGCCGGGGCUGACUCCCUUUUCCUCUGUUGUACCUUUCUGGUCUGCAUGUAUGAAUUGUUUAGAUAUUCACUUCUUUCUUUCAUGUACAAUAUAAUGCGGUACCUCAUGCACGUGUUUUACACUGUGGGCCUGAGCCUCCUGGCUGCAAUCAGCUCCGAGCGCUGUCUAGCCGUGCUCUUCCCCCACUGGUACCAAUUUCGUCGCCCCAAGCAUACAUCUGCUGCUGUGUGUUCUGUCCUCUGGGCUCUGAACGGUCUGUUUGAGGUAGCAGAUCAUGUCAGUUGUUUUUUUGAGCAUCUCUGUCUCCCCUACGUUAUCAUCGAGUUCGUGUGGUUCAUCCUCCUCACCUGUGUGCUGUGUGUGUCCAGCCUGACUCUGCUGCUGAGGGUCCAGUGCAGCUCCCAACACAAGCAGCCCCCCAGGCUCUACCUCCUGGUCCUGCUCACGGUCCUCGUGUUCCUGCUCUGUGGCCUGCCCCUCCAGGUGCAAGAUUAUAUACAUCCCUUAGACGUAGUUUUCGAGCCUUAUUGGAUCUGUCAGCUCCUGGCCUGUGUGAACAGCAGUAUAAACCCUGUAAUUUACUUCUUCCUGGGCAGCCAAAGGCAUAAAAGAAGAAGGGAGCCCCUCAGAGUGGUCCUACAGAGGGCCCUGGGGGAUGGCCAAGAGUUGGGAAAUGAGACUAGGGACACCUCCCACACCAACAGCCAGGAGACAUCUUUCUGA